CUCCACAGUACCACUUUGGUCCAGGCUGAGUGAAAGUGCAACAAGCACCUGCGGGGUGCAUCAGUGGCUGCAGUAUGGGCAACUUUUCCAGCAAGGACAGCCAUGGACCCACAGGGGCCCCAGUGGAUAGUUUCCACACUCCUCCUACUUCUCCACAGAGUGACCUGCCAGCUGUCCCCCAAUUCCUUCCCCCUACAUCACCUCAACCUUCUUCUGCAGCCCCAAUUUCAUCCCCACCUCCAGUCCCAGUCCUCACCUCCAGUGGGAAGAAAUCACAGCCGAGUACCACCCCGACCUCUCCUGUUCCCCCUCCUGAUUGGAGGCCUCAUCCACCAGUCAUCUCAAACAGCUCUCCAAUUGGUCCAGGAGUUAGCCCAGUGCACAACAAGCCAGGAAAUACUGUGGCGGUGAAAGGCCAAGUUGCUCUUGGGAGGAAUGGAGGUCCUUCUACCUCUACCCCUCGGACUCCAGCUGCUCAAGGGAAGUGUGUGGCUGUCAGCCCCACAAAGAGCCUCUCAUCUCCAACUAGUUCCUUACCUGUUGUGCAUAGCUCUUCCAAGCAGAACUGGAGAGAAAAGGACAGCGGUCUCAGCCAGUCUCUGCUGCCAAGUCUGGAGGCUGGGGACAGCCAGGAUGAGGAAGUGGAGAUGCUGCUGGAGGAAUGUAGGACUACGUUGGGUAUCACAGCAAGUCAGGAUGGGGCCACAAACAAAGCAGAUAUACUGAAGUGUCUAGUGACAGAAGUGAAGAGUCUGAAGAGCACUUUACAGACGGAGCGUGGGGAGUGGCUACAGUUCCAGGCUGACCUACAGGUGGCAGUGUCCGUUGCUGACCGUCUACGAGCUGAGGCUGAAGAAGAGCUGACUGCGCUCCGAACGGCCCAGAAGGAUGUUGAGAGGGAACUGGCUGCUGCCCAGCAGAGACAGAAGGAGGCUGACAUGCAGCUGGUCACCCUGAGAGGGGAAUUGAAGGAGAGCAGGCAGAGACUGGCUACUCUAACCCAGACUCAAGGCAAAACUGACGUCCAGGCUCCAUGUCAGGAACCGGUGAAGCUCAACGGCGAACCAAAUAAUAGCAAAGAAGGGACCCCGAGGGGCAGGGAGAGGGAGGUGUACAGGUUGGGACGAGAGGCGUCGCAAAGUGGGAGUCAGAAUGAAGUGAUGAAGAAUGACGUCAGCGAGGAGGCCAGAACAGACUGCAAGGGUGUGACCAAACGUUAUCUGAGAAAUGUGACCAAUGAGGAUAGAAGUGCAGAGGAGGUGUGCUCUAGUGAGACACGAAGGACGAUGACCACAGAGAGGUCAAGAAGCCUGUCCAGAUUACCACCAUCUUCAGACACCCCCACAUUGCAGAAUGGAACCUCCCAGUCCAACACUGCCACAACAGCUGGAUCUUCAAACAAGACUGUGGGGCAAAUUAGAGGCAGAAAAAGUCUGGAUUUGCAAGACAGCAGGCUGAACACUGAUACAGGAAAACGUGAGGAGUCUUUAAACAAGUACAACUCUGCCCUCACUGAGCUGCCGCCCACCAAGUCCCAGGAUGGUUUCAAUCUGCUGUUGCGUCGCCAUGGAGGCUCGAAGAGAAACUCACUGCUACGCUGGUGUCAGAGCCGAACCCAAGGCUAUAAGAAUAUUGACAUUACCAACUUUAGCAGCAGCUGGGUGGAUGGUCUCGCGUUUUGUGCUGUCUACCACACCUACCUCCCUUCACACAUCCCUUACAGCACCCUUAGUCCUGAGAACAAGAGGGAGAAUCUCAGUCUGGCAUUCAAAACAGGAGAGACUGUUGGGAUUGCACAAUCUCUGACUGUAGUGGAGAUGCUGAGAGCCGGUGGCCCUGAUUGGCAAAGGGUCCUGAGCUACGUGGAGAGCAUGUACCGACACUUUGAGAUGUGACUGCUGGAUGUACUAACAGUCAAUCCUUUUGUGGAUCCUUAAGUACUCAUCACAUACUAUAAGUCAAUUAUAAUGAUGGCUCCCUUAAUACUUUACCAUACCUUUUGUUGGCUGUCUGAAAACCAGAGAAACUGAUGUUUUUCUGUCAGCAAGAAAUGAUGUUCAAAGCUACAAUCUGCAACUUUUUGACAUUAAAAUACUUGUUUGCCCUUUGAGGUGCAGCAUAUCUUAGCUUUUUGUUUAAGAUUUUGCACAUACUUGUGGUAAUAACUGAGUAAUGCAUACUGUUCAUCUCAGUGUGAUGGAACCUUUGAAAAAACAACUAUACAUUUCCAAUUUAAGUGUAGUUUGACAUGGUAGUUUCCAGAAAGAUAAGAACAGCAUUACAUUGUUUAUUGAUUAGUUGGUUAUCAUUGGUUACACAGUCAGUGUUGAAUUCCUUGUGGUUUGCAUUCUCAAAUCUUACAUACUUACAUAUUCUCCUUUUUAAUACAAAAAGUCACAUAUUGUAGCCUUUAAAAUAAAGACUGUCAUUGACCAUCAUAUUGCAAUUCAGAAUAUCCAGACACACCAUUGAGGAAGGUAGUGGUAUCUACAGGUUGAGUUACUGUUAAUGUCUCCACACUGGUACUUCACUGGCAGAAAGUACUGUAUUACAUCAUGAUCUUCAUUAAAUCUGUAAGCAGUUCUUAAUCUGCAUUUGGUUUUAUUUGCUAUUAUGUUUUGUCUUUUAAUCUUGUACAGUAUGUGAUGCUUUGCAAAGACUCUU